AUAAAAACGUGUUGUUGGCCUAUUCCACGGCGGAUUGAGAGACUUUUGCUGGGACAGGCGACAGGGUCUUGUCAUUUAAUUUGAGUUUUGGCCUUACACAUAUAUAAGGAGGACGGGGGCUAAUGAUUCGGGGGACGCUAAAAAGUUGAAUGUUCGAGGGGAAACGUCUCAGAGACUGUGUGAGAGAGAUAAAAAUAUCAAAUCCUCUACUCUCAGUUGUGCACAGUGUGCGUGCGAACGAGAUUUUGAUUUGGUCCCCUCUCUCUCUCUCUCUCUCUCUCUCUCUCACCGUCUUGUGCGUCGAGUUGUCUCCAUCUCUCACACUAUUCUCUCUCUGCCCGCCUACUACUUUCUCAAGAUUACUCUCACUCACUCCCAUUCGCCGUCUUCUUCUCCUCUGCUCUUCUCGAUUCCUCCUCCUUUGCAUUUGGAUUGAUGCCACUUUAACUCUUCGAGGACCUCUCUCUCUCUCUCUUAAGCCGGCUAAGUACGACCCCUUCUCUCAGGAUCAAGAUUCUCUCUCUGUAAACGGCAAAUACCAUGCCUUUGUUUGAGCUUUUUAGGCUCACCCAAGCUAAGCUUGAAUCUGCUCAAGACAACAACUCUUCUCCACCUAUGGAUGAAGUUGUGGAGCUGGUGUGGGAAAAUGGUCAGAUUUCAACUCAAAGUCAGUCAAACAGAUCGAGGAACAUUCCUCCACCACAAGCUGUUCAUCAACCAAACUCUUUGAGAGCUAGAGAUAUUGGAAAUGGGUCAAAGGCGACCAUGGUGGACGAGAUCCCUAUGUCAGUACCAUCACUGAUGACCGGUUUGAGUCAAGAAGAUGACUUUGUUCCAUGGUUGAAUCAUAACCAAUCCUUAGAUGGAUAUUGCUCUGAUUUUUUGCGUGAUGUGUCUCCUGUUACUGUCAACGAGCAAGAGAGCGAUAUGGCUGUAAAUCAAACUGUUUUCCCCUUGUUUCAGAGAAGAAACAAUGGCAACGACUCAGCUCCCGCUGCUUCUUCAUCACAGUAUAACGGUUUCCAAUCGCAUUCUCUGUAUGGAAGUGAUAGAGCUAGAGAUCCUCCUAGCCAACAAACCAAUCCGGAUCGGGUGACUCAGACGCAAGAACCACUGAUCCCUAAUAACAAGCCUAGUUUGGUCAACUUUUCCCAUUUCUUACGCCCUGCAGCUUUGGCUAAGACUAAUAAUAAUUCUCAUGGCACUAAAGAGAAGAGUCCUCAAAGCCCCCCAAAUGUGUUUCAGACCAGAGUUCUUGGAGCGAAAGACACUGAAGAUAAGGUUUUUAAUGAGUCUGUUGCUUCUGCGACGCCUAUGAAUAACCAAAAGGCUUGCCUUAUUUCAGAGGACUCAUGUAGAAGAGACCAAGAGAGUGAAAAGGCCGUUGUAUGUUCUUCUGUUGGUUCGGGUAAUAGUCUCGAUGGCCCGUCCGAAAGUCCUUCACUUUCUUUGAAGAGAAAGCAUUCAGAUGUUCAAGACAAUGACUGUCAUAGUGAAGAUGCUGAAGAAGAAUCAGGAGAUGGAAGAAAGGGAGCAGCACCAUCUCGAACAGGUUUGGGUUCAAAGAGGAGCCGCUCGGCUGAAGUGCAUAAUCUCUCUGAAAGGAGACGGCGUGAUAGGAUUAACGAGAAGAUGCGUGCCCUUCAAGAACUCAUUCCAAACUGCAACAAGGUGGACAAAGCAUCGAUGCUAGAUGAAGCAAUUGAGUAUCUCAAGUCACUCCAACUUCAAGUACAGAUCAUGUCAAUGGCGUCUGGUUAUUACAUGCCACCGGUUAUGUUCCCACCGGGUAUGGGGCAUUACCCAGCAGCAGCAGCAGCGAUGGCAAUGGGUAUGGGAAUGCCCUAUGGAAUGGGAUUGCCUGAUUUGAGCCGUGGUGGUGGUUCCUCGGUUAACCACGGACCACAGUUCCAGGUCUCGGGGAUGCAACAACCAGUGGCAAUGGCAAUUCCACGUGUCUCUGGUGGUGGUUUCUUUGCCGGUUCUUCAACGAUGGAGAUGAAUAAGAGCGAGAAUGGUUCGGCUAGAGACUUACCGGGUUCUAAAGAUCAAACAAGGACGAAUAACAACAAUAGUAGUAACUUGAAACCAAUUAAGAGAAAACAGGCGUCUUCUGAUCAGUUUUGUGGGUCGUCUUCGUGACAUAAAUACAACAAACGUAAGGACUGAUGUAUUGUUUUAUCUGUAGCAUUCAAACAAUUCAAUUCUAAAAGCCAAAACUUAAUAAAAAUUAAUUUGUGUUCUUA